AUGCAGUGGACAAAUAAGACACAAGUGACUGUAUUUAUUCUAGUAGGUUUUCCUGGAAGCCUUAGACUGCAGCUAACAUUAUUUGUCAUUUUCCUGUUUGUGUAUUCAUUGACAGUCAUAGAGAAUAUCAUCAUAACAACACUUAUCCACACGAAUGUCAGCCUUCAUAAACCUAUGUACCUCUUCCUGAGCAAUCUUUCUUUCCUAGAGAUUUGGUAUGUCUCUGUUACUGUUCCUAAGAUGCUGGUGGGGUUUGUGUCAGAGAAGAAGGAUAUUUCUUUCCCAGGUUGCAUGGCCCAACUGUACUUCUUCCUGGGUCUUGCAUGUACAGAGUGUGUCCUUUUAGCUGUUAUGGCCUAUGACCGCUAUGUUGCUAUAUGCAACCCAUUGCGUUAUCCAGCGAUAAUGAAUCAAGAGCUCUGUAUCCGCUUAGCAGCUGGUUCGUGGCUAAGCGGCUUUUUCAUAGCCAUGGGGAAAGUCUUCUUCAUCUCCCGUUUGAGCUACUGUGGACCCAACAUCAUCAACCAUUUCUUCUGUGAUGUCUCCCCACUUCUCAACCUGGCCUGCACUGACAUGUCAUUGGCUGAACUCAUUGACUUCCUGCUGGCCUUGCUCAUACUCCUUGGCCCACUCUCUGUGACAAUUGCAUCCUACUUCUGCAUUAUCUCCACAGUUCUCCGCAUCCCUUCAGCCAAAGGGAAGCAAAAGGCAUUUUCCACCUGCACCUCGCAUCUUCUAGUAGUCACCAUUUUCUACGCUGCUUCUCUGUUCAUUUAUGCCCGGCCAAAGGCCCUCGCUGCAUUUAAUUUCAAUAAGUUAGUGUCUGUUAUCUACACUGUUUUAACACCACUGCUAAAUCCAAUCAUCUACUCCUUAAGGAACCAGGAGUUCAAGGAGGCACUCAAAAAAGCAGUGGACAGAUUUUCUUCUGGUCACUUACUUGGUAGACGUGUUAAUGGCAGAGAUGGGACUUAA